ACACCAUGCGAGAUGCGCCUAUAAAACCGGGGACGAAGAGGGAACAGGUACCAGUCGCACGGGUCGGCUAGUGCUGAGGUCAAGAUGAGGAAACUGCUGGUGAUCACGCUGCUGGUGGCUUCAGCCGCCGCCCAAAGCUUCUACCGCCUCCCGGAGCCCUUCACCUACAACUGCCAGAACAGCCAGUGCAGAAGGGCGGAGCGCGGCGAUUCCAGAGAAUACCGCUCCCUAGAGACAUGCCAGCUGACUUGUGGCAAGUUCGGCGCCCUGUGGCCGCAGCCCACUGGUGACGUCGAACUGUCGCCCGAGACCGUCAGCUUCUCGCCCAAGAACGUGAAGGUGACCAAGAUGGCGGCCACCAAUCCGAAGGUGUCCCAGAUGCUGGAGGAAGCCGUCAACUACUUCACCCGCAACAUUCACUUCCUCCAUCCCGAUUUCCCCAAGGAAAGGAAGACUCCCUUCCUCCAGGAGGAGCAAUACAAUAAAAAUGCGGAUUCGGUUGACGCGUACCAGGUCAUCCAACAGCAGAGGCUCCGCACCGAGCAGGUGAACCAGGAGGCCAUCGAGCAGCAGCAGCAGCGCCAGCAGAGGCCCUAUUACACCAUCAACGACAAAACAGAACAGUACCUGAAAUACUCUCCCUUCCUCAAGGAGAGGAGCACCCCAUCAGCGGAGAACCACGAUUUGAACAUCGAAAUCACCGUCACGUCGCCGGAGGACAAGCUCACCCUCGACACUGACGAGAGCUACACCUUGGUGGUGCAGACGGCGAGGCAGGACACCACUGCCACCAUUGUGGCCACGUCCUACUAUGGCGCUCGCCACGCCCUGGAGACUCUCACUCAGCUCAUCGCCUUCGACGACAGCAACAACGCCCUCCAGAUCAUCGAGAACGCCAAGAUCCAGGAUGCUCCUCAGUUCAAGUACCGAGGCGUUAUGCUGGACACCGCCCGCAACUACUAUCCGAAGGAGGACAUCAUGAAGUUCCUGGACGCCAUGUCCUACAACAAGAUGAACUACUUCCACUGGCACAUCACCGACGCCACCUCCUUCCCCAUGUACUCCAGCCGCCGCCCUGAGAUGGCCUACUACGGCGCCUACUCCCCAAGGGACGUGUACUACCCCGAGGACAUCACGCAGAUCGUGGAGUACGCCAAGCUCCGAGGUAUCAAGGUCAUCCCCGAGCUGGACGGUCCUGCCCAUGUCAACGCUGGCUGGCAGUGGGGCGAAAAGGAGGGCAAGGGCAAGCUCGUCCUCUGCGCCGACAGCAACGAGCCAUGGUUCGAAGUUGGCAAGGAACCCCCAAGUGGUCAGUUCAACCCCAUCAACCCUGAACUCUAUUCCAUCCUUGGGGAACUCUACAAGGACAUGAUGGACUACUUCGACCCCGAGAUGGUCCACAUGGGAGGAGACGGCGUGAGCUUCAAGUGCUGGCAGAACUCUCAGGAAAUCAAGGAGUAUCUUGCUGCUAACAACCGUGAGCCAAUCAGCCAGGAAUACUUCGACCUGUGGAACACCUACCAGCAGAACGCUUACGCCAAGCUGAGGGAAGCCUCAGGACCCUACCGCAGGGUGACCCCCAUCAUCCAGGCCUCCAGCUAUGCUCUCAACUAUGCUGACAAAGACUCCUACAUUGUGCAGCUCAGUCAGGCUUCCAACGAUCCCUCCAUCGCCAAAUACAUCAACGAUGGCUUCAAGGUCAUCUUCUCAAACGAAGACCAGUGGCGUCUUGACUGCGUCGCAAACAGCUUCUACGGCGAGAAGGCCGAGAGCUGCUCAACAGAGAUCCCCACAUGGAGAAACUUCUACGAGAACAGUCCUCUUGACAUGCUUGAGACACUUGGCGUGGCCAACGCUCGCAGCGGCCAGCUCCGCAGCGGCGAGACCAACUCCAUCAGGGACCAGGUGCUGGGAGGAGAAGCUACACUGUGGAGCUUCGACACUGAUGCCAAUGGCGCUCCUUCAAAGUCAUGGCCCCGCGUCUCUGCUAUGGCCGAGCGACUGUGGUCCGACCCUCUCACCCCUCUCAACUCUGGCGAAGACACCGCUGCAAAGCGUAUCAACAUCCAGCGCAAGCGUAUGGCUGACCUUGGCGUCCGCGCCGACCCCAUCCAACCCCAGUUCUGCAUGCAGGAUGAGGGCGCCUGCUACAGCCAGGAACAGUACCUUGCCCGCUCAGCCGACAAGGCCCAGCAGCAGUAACAUCUUUCCUCAUCCGACACCGACCUCAGCCAGAAACAUUAAGCACAAGGAACAUGUCGUUCUGACUUGGUACUAAUGUUCUGCAACUUCACCAUCCAAAACACACAAGGAAACUUUCCGUCGCAGACACGAAAACACCCGCAGGCAUUACACUGGGUGAUGAUCGUUGUAUUCAUUACCCAACGAAUAAAACAAUUCAGGGAAUGUUA